GGAGCGGGCGGCCGACCCCGGGAAGAAAAGAACAUGGCUCCUGCGGCAGAGGGCGGCGGCGCUCCAAGGCGCGCUGGGCGCCAGUGAGCGCCAUGGUGAACUCCAGCCGCGUGCAGCCGCAGCCGCCCGGGGACGCGGGGCGCUCGCCCGCGCCGCGAGCGUCCGGGCCCGGGCGUCUGGUGGCGGGAGGCGCCGGCCUGGCCGUCCCCGGCGGCCUCCGGGAGCAGCGGGGCCUGGAGAUCGAGAUGGAGCGCAUCCGGCAAGCGGCCGCUCGGGAUCCCCCGGCCGGAGCCUCGGCCUCGCCGUCUCCUCCACUUUCGUCCUGCUCCAGGCAGGCGUGGAGCCGCGACAACCCGGGCUUUGAGGCAGAGGAGGAUGACGACGACGACGAGGUGGAAGGAGAAGAAGGAGGGAUGGUGGUAGAGAUGGACGUGGAGUGGCGCCCGGGCAGCCGGAGGUCGGCCUCCUCCUCGGUCGUGAGCUCGGUGGGCGCCCGCGGCCGAGGGCUCGGGAGCUACCGCGGCGCGGCUCACCUGAGCGGGAGGCGGCGCCGGCUAGAGGACCAGGGCGCGCAGUGUCCCAGCCCUGCGGGCGGCGGGGAUCCGCUACAUCGCCACCUCCCGCUGGACGGCCAGCCGCCCCGAGUGGCCUGGGCAGAGAGGCUGGUGCGCGGGCUGCGAGGUCUCUGGGGAACAAGACUCAUGGAAGAAAGCAACGCCAACAGAGAGAAGUACCUGAAAAGUGUGUUACGGGAGCUGGUCACUUACCUCUUUUUUCUCAUAGUCUUGUGCAUCUUGACCUAUGGCAUGAUGAGCUCCAAUGUGUACUACUAUACUCGGACACUGUCACAGCUAUUCAUAGACACCCCAGUGUCGAAAACAGAGAAAACCAACUUUAAAACUCUUUCUUCCAUGGAGGACUUCUGGAAGUUCACAGAAGGCUCCUUCCUGGAUGGGCUGUACUGGAAGGCACAGACCAGCAACUACACUCAAGCUGACAACCGAAGCUUUAUCUUCUAUGAGAACCUGCUGCUAGGAGUGCCGCGUCUACGCCAACUCCGAGUCAGAAACGGGUCCUGCUCCAUCCCUCAGGACCUGCGAGAUGAAAUUAAAGAGUGCUAUGACGUCUACUCCGUCAGCAGUGAGGACAGGGCUCCGUUUGGACCGCGGAACGGAACUGCGUGGAUCUACUCAAGUGAGAAGGAGCUGAAUGGGAGCAGUCACUGGGGAAUCAUUGCGUCAUACAGUGGAGCAGGUUACUACCUGGAUCUGUCCAGAACCAGGGAGGACACAGCUGCCCAGCUUGCUGGCCUCAGGAGGAACUUCUGGCUGGACCGGGGCACGCGGGCAGCUUUCAUCGACUUCUCGGUGUAUAACGCCAACAUUAACCUGUUCUGUGUGGUCAGGUUAUUGGCGGAGUUCCCAGCAACGGGUGGCGUGGUGCCCUCUUGGCAGUUUCAGCCUGUAAAACUGAUCCGCUAUGUCACAACCUUUGAUUUCUUCCUGGCAGCCUGUGAGAUCAUCUUUUGUUUCUUUAUCCUUUACUAUGUGGUGGAAGAGAUAUUGGAAAUUCGGAUUCACAGACUGAGCUAUUUCAGGAGUUUCUGGAAUUGUCUGGAUGUUGUGAUUGUCGUGUUAUCCGUAGUAGCUAUGGUGAUUAACAUUUACCGAACGUCAAAUGCAGAGGGGCUACUACAGUUUCUCGAAGAUCAAAAUUCUUUCCCCAACUUUGAGCAUGUGGCAUACUGGCAAAUACAGUUCAACAAUAUAGCUGCUGUCAUGAUAUUUUUGGUCUGGAUUAAGCUCUUCAAAUUCAUCAAUUUUAAUAGGACCAUGAGCCAGCUCUCCACAACCAUGUCUCGAUGUGCCAAAGACCUCUUCGGCUUCACUAUCAUGUUCUCCAUCAUCUUCUUGGCAUAUGCACAGCUGGCAUACCUUGUCUUUGGCACCCAGGUCGAUGACUUCAGUACUUUCCAAGAAUGUAUCCUCACCCAGUUCCGCAUCAUUUUGGGUGAUAUCAACUUCGCAGAGAUCGAGGAAGCUAACCGAGUUUUGGGGCCACUUUAUUUUACUACAUUUGUGUUCUUUAUGUUCUUCAUUCUUUUGAAUAUGUUCCUGGCGAUCAUCAAUGAUUCGUACUCUGAAGUGAAAUCCGAUCUGGCCCAGCAGAAAGCAGAAAUGGAACUCUCAGACCUUAUCAGAAAGGGAUGCCAAAAAGCACUGGUCAAACUAAAACUUAAAAGAAACACCGUAGAUGCCAUUUCAGAGAGUCUCCGGCAAGGCGGUGGCAAGCUAAACUUCGAUGAGCUUCGGCAAGACCUGAAAGGGAAGGGCCAUACAGAUGCAGAGAUUGAGGCCAUAUUCACUAAAUAUGACCAGGACGGCGACCAGGAACUGACUGAGCGUGAGCAUCAACAGAUGAGAGAUGACUUGGAGAAAGAGAGGGAGGACCUAGACUUGGAACACAGCUCUUUAGCACGUCCGAUGAGCAGCAGAAGUUUCCCCAGAAGCCUGGAUGACUCUGAGGAGGAGGAUGACGAAGACAGUGGCCAUAGCUCCAGGAGGAGGGGAAGCAUCUCCAGUGGGGUUUCCUAUGAAGAGUUCCAAGUACUGGUGAGGCGAGUGGACCGCAUGGAGCACUCCAUUGGCAGCAUUGUGUCCAAGAUUGACGCUGUGAUUGUCAAGCUGGAGAUCAUGGAGCGGGCCAAGCUGAAGAGACGAGAGGUGUUAGGACGGCUGCUGGAUGGUGUGGCUGAGGAUGCGCGACUGGGUCGGGACAGUGAGAUCCACAGGGAGCAGAUGGAGCGCCUGGUGCGGGAAGAGCUGGAGCGCUGGGAAUCGGAUGAUGCAGCUUCGCAAACAGGUCAUGAUGUAAGCACACAAGUGGGACUCGGUGGUCAGCCGCAUCCCAGAAGCUCGUGCCCUCCUUCCUCGCAGUCUGCAGAGGGCCUGGAAGGUGGAGGUGGAAACGGAAGUGCCAACGUCCAUGCGUAAUCCACACGUGAUUGUGUGUUCCUGAGACAUCCAGAGGUGGCUGUCCAGUACGGCAAUGACAAGUUCUGUAUUUAUAUACCCUGGCUGCAUUAUGAUGCUGGCCUUUGUGACCAGUUGUUAUAAUUUUCUGCACUUUAAUUUAUUUUACGUAAACUUAACCCGUGGUUCAAGGAAGGUUGUCUUACUUUUCUCAUAUGAGAAAUCUAGAUGUAAAUACUGAGUUCAGAAAGAAGAAAACUUUGAAAGUAUGCCAAGUUGCUGCCCUGCCCGUGUCUUCAGGUGACAGUGUUUGGAAGUUAGAGGAGAGCCUUCACUAGCCUCUGAGUUCGUGUGGAGCCGCCACAAUCCACCGCGUUAGUCAGUGCGAGAUGCUAAGGAAAAGCAUGACAUUUCAUUCCACUGAGGCGUAACUCGGAGCUUACUGCACAUCUUUCUUCUAAGGAAGGAGUCGUAUUUCAGCAACCUUUCUGGGGUGCAGAGAAAGGAUAUGUAUGUAGCCACUGUGCUAAAAUGUCUGUGAACAGUUGAGAUAGAUGCUAAGCGCCAUACCAGUUUGUGGCACUAAGCACGUCAUUUAAUUUUUGUGUUAUUUAGCUUUUGUUUCAGGUUUGGCAAGGAAAGCCCAAAAGAUAAAUUGUAGGAUAAAAUGUAGGAUUGGAAGGGGCCUUCAAUUCUUACUACAUUUGACUUUUCAAUUAUUUGUUAGCAUAGAAAUUUCACCAUUUUUCUUUCCUAUGUGUCUCAUUUAUAACCAAAAUUAAUAUUAAAAAACUAAUAAGACAAACACUGAAUAUUUUGGUAUGCAGUGAAAGUUUUAACUCAGCAAAUAUGUACAUGGGAAGCAGUAUUUUAAGAAAGUUUUGAGGUGCAUAAAAGCUCUGUAAAAGUAAAAGGUCUGGUUUACGUUAUAUCUAGAAUAUUCUUAAUAUCUCAAAUAUUCUUAACCUUAUAUUUCAGAAUGGAAUCAUAUAAUGCAAAUUCAGUUCAUUUUUAAGUGAGGGGCCUUGGGUAUUGUAGGUUUAUAUAUUUGCAGAAGGGAUCCACUAAAAAGUAUCAGCAGUAGUUUUCAUUAAGAGAGGGUCUUACAAAAUUUAUAGGAGAAACCUAUAUCUCAGUAUCAUUUUGGUUUUUGUGUCUGUCAAAGACAGGUUUUCACUAUUUAAUCCUGGCUGGCCUGGAACUAACUGUGUAAACUAGGCUGCCCUCAGACUCCCAGAGAUGCACUGGCUCUCAGCCUCUUGAGUGCUGGGAUUAAGGGCCUGUGUGACCACACCAGUUGUUGAAUAACUCGGCCCUUUGAGAGCUAGGGGCUCAGAAGAAACAAAGCCAAGCUGGUAGAGAAGCCAGAGGAAGAGAACAGGUAGAAGAACGUCCUGGGUUUCGAACCAUAUUUGAAAUUCACAAGAACUCAUUGACUUCCCAGAAUAUACCAAACCUCCAACAGACUGCUGAGUAGAUAAUCAUUUUCUCAGCUUCCACAGAAGCGAGGCACACCAUGUUUUCUUGAUUCUGAUGGCUCCACGUCAAUCAUUUUCUUUUGAAUAUGCUGCACUAAUUUUUUCCUUCCUAGGUAUUGGAUUUUGCAUUGCAGGGGUAUUAUUGUGUGUAUGUAUUUAUGUAUGCGUACUGUGCUGUUACAAAGUGAACAAACUUCAACUUGAAGUGCAUUCAUUAUGUGGUAUCCAUGUGCAUUGACCAUGUGUCGUACAUCUAUUAUGGUCACUAGAACAUCUUUUAUGAUGCUUAUUAUUACACUGUUUCUCAUUUAACUUGUAAACUUUUGUAGAAUUCUAUUUUUUUCCGUUUAUAUAUAAGUUCAUAUAUUUUUCUACUUUAGUCCUGUGAAGUUUAUCCCUAGUCACUUUUCUGGUAGUCUCCCCUCUUUAAUGGGUAUAGUUAAGAUUUUACAUAUACAAGAUUCUUUGGACAAUCAACAAUUUCUUAAUUGUAAUAAUGUGUACAUUACUUAAUAAAGACUUGACAUAGUA